AUAAAGAGAAACCAUGGAUUUACAGAGAGAUCAGAGAAUGCAAUAUAUACCUACUUAACACAACCGUUGUCCGUGUCUCGUUUUGACAACCGUCUGUCCCUAGAAGACGCUCCUCUGUUCUUCUAGAAAGGUGCAAAUAAACUCUCGGAAAUGUCUGACAAACGAAUGUCUAGUAGUAAAAAACACAGCCUGAAGAGCAUGAUGCUCCAGGUUGCAAAAGAGUUACUGGAAGCAGAGGAGAUAGAGAAGAAGGAGGAGAGGAAGAGAUACAUGGAAGAACAUUGUCCUCCCUUGUCAUGCCCAAGCUCCAAACAAGAACUACAGGAGCUCUGCAAAAAGUUACAUGCAAAAGUUGACGUUGUUGACGAGGAGCGAUAUAUUCUAGAGCAAAAAGCCAUCAUGGUUGUCAAUGAGGUUAAAGACUUAAACAUCAAGAUCGUUGACCUGAAGGGCAAGUUCAAGAAGCCUCCUUUGAAGAAAGUACGCAUGUCUGCCGACGCAAUGCUUCAGGCUCUGCUGGGCUCCAAGCACAAGGUCUCUAUGGACUUGAGAGCCAACCUGAAGCAAGUCAAGAAGGAGGUCAAGGAAGAGGAUAAGGAACUGCGUGAUGUUGGUGACUGGCGUAAAAACAUUGAAGAUAAGGCUGGUAUGGGCGGCAGGAAGAAGAUGUUUGAAUCUGAAGCUUGAAGAUGUUGAUGAUGAGUAUUUCACCAUGAUCUUUUUCUGACUUGGAUCUGAAUAAAACUAUUUAAAGAUGAUGUUUAAUGGACAGUUCAAUUUACAGUCCAUAAAAAAUGCCAGUCAGAAUUAAAAUAUAAUGCUCUCUUGAACAAUGAAGUGUUCAGUUUGUAAUUCUACACUAAUUCUACAAAUUGUUUGUCAAAAUUAUGCCUUUUCUAAAUAAAUAACCCAACUGUAAUAA